GGUCGGGCGUGCGGUUGGUGGUCGGACAGUGAGCGCAGUUGAUAGCUGGUCGUGAUACAAAUGCUGUGGGUGCUAGCUGAUGGUGCAAAUGUAAGCUAUUGUGAGCACUAUCACAAAACGUUGGCUUGACGACCUUGGUGGAGCCUGGGGAAGACUCGCUUGCCGUUACCAUGGAUGAUUGUAGUCUGGAUGUUCCGAAACAGGUGGUCAUGUGCGACGAGCAGAUUGACGGCGUCAAGCAGUCGGCCGUCGAGAAGGACUACUCUGAGACGGGCGCCUCGGAGAACCGCGACUCGGCCUACGGGCCGUCCACCAACAACCAGCAGAGCUGCAGCACCGGAGCUGCCAGCAGGGAAUGCUUCUCGCAGGAGAACAGCGCGCUCCCCAGCGGCAGCGAGACGAGCUCGCUGGGGAAGCACCGCAAGAGCCGACUGGUGCAGUCGGCCGGCUCCUCGUCGGCCCAGUCUUCUGAGAAGCCGAGCAAUCGGCUGACCACACGGGCCACCACCGACUCGGAGGAGGGCAAAAGCGCCGAGGGUGCCGGCCAGGGGACGUUACAUCGAGAAGCAUACCAACAUGUCAUAUCGUAUAUUCGGAAAAUCGUGCAAUGGGAGAAAGGUAUGGUGUAA